CAUUUUAGCCGCGUAUUAUGUGACUGCUGGCAGAUAGGCCAUAAUGCAAAGGGACACACCCCGUGUGAGGCGAACAUCUGAUACUCCCAGUCGGGCCGGCUAAGUUAAAUAUCGUCUCAAAAAAUUAAGGCGGAAGCGCGAAGUAGGUGCUGCAAUUGCGAUCGAGGGAGCAUGGCGAUUAAAAAUGUGGUUAUUUUUGGUGCAACCGGCUACACCGGACUGAAAACCGUCCAGGCAGCUAUCAAUGAAGGUUUGACCGUCCGAGCAUUUGUUCGAGACCCUGAAAAAGUACCAGCGGACCUGCGAGACAAAGUGGAGUCCUUCAAAGGCGAUGUUUUGAAAUUGGACGACGUUCGGAAGGCGGUCCAAGGCGAGGAUGCAGUUAUUGUUGCACUUGGCACAAGGAAUGAUAUAGCUCCAACUACUAUGAUGUCUGAGGGUAUGAAAAAUAUUGUCCUAGCUAUGAUAGAAAAUGGAGUUCGACCGGUUUCAGUUUGUCUCUCUGCAUUUCUGUUCUUUCAAACGGAAAUGCUACCCAAACAAUUCAUUCCUCUGACUGAGGACCACAAGAGGAUGGACCAAGUUUUGAGAAACAGUGGACUUGAUUGGAUUGCAGUUUACCCACCCCACAUUGCUGAUCAACCAGGCACUGCUGACGGAGCUUAUGAGGUAAGCCACGAGGAAGAUAAAAGCACCAAGUUCAAGGGAAGAAGAGUCUCAGUUUAUGACUUGGGACAUUUUUUGGUGAAAAGCAUUUUGACACCAGAGCAUUACCAAAAGAUCUGCGGCAUUGCAUCACCAUAAAUAAUGCAUUUCUCAGCAAACUAAUUAUUAAAAUUUAGGAGGGCAAAAAUAGUAUUAAUUGACUUUUAUUUUUUAUUUUUGUCACAAUAAAAGGUUUGUAAAACCAAA